UCUGGAAAAUUUUUAUUGCCACAAGCAGCUUCAACAGUCCUGAGACUAAAUGGGGCAGCAGAGAGCAAUACCGCUGUUUUUUUUAAUCAAAAUUUUGAGGGGACCAAAGAAAGAAUAAAGAAGAUGUUCAACAAGGUUGAUCUCUCUGUUUCAUCAUAUGACACUGCUUGGGUGGCAAUGGUCCCUUCUCCAAAUUCUACAAAGGACCCUUUUUUCCCUGAAUGUGUAAAUUGGUUAUUAGCAAAUCAAUUCCAUGAUGGCUCAUGGGGUCCUAAGUUUCAUCCCUUGUUAAUCAAAGAUGCUCUCUUAUCUACCUUAGCAUGUAUCCUUGCACUAAAGCGGUGGAGUGUUGGCGAAGAACAAAUUAACAAGGGGCUACAUUUUAUUGAAUCAAAUUUAGCUUCAGCUACCGACGAAGAGCAACAAUCUCCUGUUGGAUUUAAUAUAAUAUUUCCUGCCAUGAUUGAAUCUGCAAUGAAUUUUGUUGGCGAAUUCCCUCAAAUUUCACCUUUUGAUUAUUUGAAGGUGGAUGAUGCUCUUAAGUUUCCUUUCUACGCAAGUUUGGGCCGGUUAUCAAGCAGGAGAGCAAUAAAAUCUUACAACACAGAGAGUACAAGAAUUUUAAAAUCAUCUUAUAGUUGUUUGAAUAUUGGAAAUGAAGAUUUUCUAAAACUGGCAGUGGAAGACUUCAACAUUUGCCAGUCUAUACACCAUAAAGAGCUCUACCAUCUUGCAAGGUGGGUUGUGGAGAACAGAUUAGACAAGCUAAAGUUUUCUAGGCAGAAACAGGCCUGCUGUUACUUCUCUGCUGCUGCAAACCUUUUCCCUCCUGAACUAUCAGAUGCCCGCAUGUCAUGGGCCAAAAAUGGAGUGCUUACAACUGUGGUUGAUGAUUUCACUGACGUUGGAGGUUCUGAAGAAGAGCUGGUAAACCUUAUACAAUUGAUCGAGAAGUGGGAUGUGAAUGCGAGUGUUGAUUGUUGUUCCGAGCAUGUUGAAAUUAUAUUUUCAGCAUUUAAGAACACAAUUAAUGAGAUUGGAGUCAAGGCAUUCGUACGACAAGGACGCAGUGUGACAAGUGACAUAAUUGAGACUUGGUUGGAUUUGCUCAAGUCUGGGCUGAAGGAAGCUGAGUGGUUGAGAAACAAGUCGGUGCCAACGAUGGAGGAGUAUAUGACAAAUGGAUAUAUAUCAAUUGGCAUUGGACAAAUUGUCCUUCCAGCUCUCUAUUUUGUUGGGCAUGAGCUUUCAGAGGAGGUUGUAGGAAGUUCCGAAUUGCAUGAGCUGUAUAGACUUAUGAGCACCUGUGGACGUCUUCUGAAUGAUAUCCAAGGCUUCAAGAGGGAUUCCGCUGAAGGGAAGCUAAAUGCUCUAUCGUUGACCAUGAUUCGUGGGAACGGUGUCGUUACUGAAGAAGAGGCCAUCAAUGAGAUAAAUAGUAUUAUAAAAAGUAAGAGGGGAGAGCUGCUACGAUUAGUUUUACAGGAGACGGGUAGCAUAGUACCAAGGGCUUGCAAGGAUUUGGUUUGGAACAUGAGCAAAGUGCUGCACUUUUUUUAUACCAAAGAUGAUGGAUUCAGUGCAAAUGAGAUGAUGCAAAGUGUAAAUGCAGUAACUGAGGAACCCAUCAUUCUCAGUGAAUUGCAAUAUGGAAAUGUGGAUGUGGUUGAUCAAGUUUGGAGGGAAAAUAAUCUUAGAUUGCUAGUUUAUGAAUUCUAA